AUGCCGGUAGGAUUUGGAUUCUCGGCUGGCGACUUCAUAGCCGCCCUGAAGCUCGUCGGUACGGUCAUCGACGCGCUUCGUGACAGCGGAGAAGCAGGUCUUGCGUAUCGUGAACUCGUGCGGGAACUAUACAGUCUCGAGACCGCUCUGCUACACGUCAAACGUCUGGAUGGGGAAGAAAUACCGCAAGCAGAAGUCAUUUCUCUUCGCCUGGUUGCAGCUCAGUGUCAGUCAACGAUUGAUGACUUCUGGAAGAAGAUUCAGAAGUAUCAGCCACAUCUCGGCACCAGUCAUUCUAUGGCGCCCAUCAAGAGCGGAUGGAUGAAGAUCAGAUGGGCCGUCUGCAAGAACGAUGAUCUUACGAAGUUCAAAGCCAGUCUUGCUGGCCACACUGAAGCUAUCAACAUCCUACUCAAUGCCAUUGCCAUGCGCGCUUCCCUUCUUCGGCACUUUUUGGACCGGCAAAAUUACACACUUGCUAGUAUGAUACAAUCAUCGUAUUGUCAAUGCAUGCGAAAGCUUUGCAGCAUCUCAGAUGGUGUGGCAAGAUCCUGGGCACAGGGCAAGCAAUUGCUGGACAUGACCGAUAAAGUCAUUCGCACCAACCUUGAGGUGUUCAAGAUCGUGCUUCAGAUUCAAGCAGUUGUCACGCAAAUACCAGGUCAAAUCCAAAGACAGCAGCCGGUAUAUCUAAUUGACGCUCUAGGAAAGCACAGUCCUUUCCACCUUGAAUUUAUCCGGUCAGCUGAGGCUUUUAAAUCCGUGCUCAAGGCCAACUUCAGAAACAUCGGCCGUGCUUCUGCGAAGAUCCAUCGCGGCGAAUUUGUGAUCCAGGAUUCUGCCUUGAAGACGGACAUCGAUCUCAACCAAGAAUGGGAGCACUGUUUCUCGCCUGGACAGUGUGUGGACAUGAGCAUGAUAUACCAUCGCACAAUGUCACCUGAGAAUGAUUGUGUCUGCCCUGCAUGUGGAAGCGAAGAACGAGAUGGCGGUGUUGCCGAAGCCAUCUGUCUGCAAAGCCAUACGUGCGGUAUAACAUACAGCCGGAGGGAACAAGCCGUUAUUGAUCGGCCCAUCUUGGCAGUCAUGCCGGAUCGAGCACAAGCAGUUGGAGCUGCGACCAAUCUCGACCCACAGCAUCUGGUGUCUGCUUCGCUAAAUCUUCCGAAGAGAAAGAGACUUGACAACGGCUUCGAGAACGUUCGAGAAUUUCGAAGAAUUCGCAUCUAUACCUCGGCUUCGACUGAGGAAUUUUCUAUCCUGCUGACUACGAACAUAAACGUGACGGCGUGGCGAAAGGGGGGAGGAAACACGAAUCAAAAUCGGGUAUCUGGCCAUUGUUAUGUUACUAGGAAUGAGCAUGUUUUAGGCAUCCCAGUGGUGGGGGAAACACGGAUGACAUUCUUUCGGUCAAUAUCCUUUAAUGCUAUGCUACGGACAUUAUCGCCUGCGAGAACUACAAAUACGUUAUCAUACAAAGAGUCUGCUGACGUUGAAGUGGACCUCACAUUUGACACGAACUGGGACUGCUGGAAGAUAGGGUCAGCAAGAACAUCACAAUUCUGUCAUUUCCUCUUUCGUGCUGACAUCUCCCUACACUGA